GCUCUCGCAGUCGCUCCCACCCGCCGGGCCGCGCCUCCCGGACUUGGCAAGCUGCCGAGGUCUGGAAAGCGCUCGGGUCGCCUCGUAGGAUCUGAGAGACGGCUCCGAGCCGGGGGCACUCCAGCGGCCGCCACCGCUCGGGGACGCAGCGUCCUUCUGCCGCCUUAGGAGGACGCUUCGAUCCCGAGUGGAACUCGCGGAGUUGGGAGUCCUGAGCGGGUAGGGCCGCGUCGCUGCCACUCGGGAGACCAGUUGAACCAGCCCGUCCCGGGGAGCUGCUGCCGGGCGGAAGGGGUCUGGGCUCCGACCGGCAGGGGAGCCCACUAACGCAGGCCCCUCGGACCCGCGUGCUGGAGGGGUGGUCAGUAGUCCUAGCCCUGCCAAGAACUGCGGGCCGGCCAGAUGGUCAUGGGCGAGGCCGGGAGAGAGGAGUACAGUAAAAUCCAGUCUUUUGAUGCAGAGACCCAGCGGCUGCUGAAGACUGCGCUCAAAGAUCCAGGAGCUGUGGACUUGGAGAAAGUGGCCAAUGUGAUUGUGGACCAUUCUCUGCAGGACUGUGUGUUCAGCAAGGAAGCAGGACGCAUGUGCUACGCCAUCAUUCAGGCUGAGAGUCAGCAGGCUGGCCAGAGUGUCUUCCGCCGAGGGCUCCUUAACCGGCUACAGCAGGAGUACCAGGCUAGGGAGCAGCUGCGGGCACGCUCCCUGCGCGGCUGGGUCUGCUACGUCACCUUCAUCUGCAACGUCUUCGACCACCUGAGGGUGAACAACAUGCCCAUGAUGGCCCUGGUGAACCCCGUCUAUGACUGCCUCUUCCGGCUGGCCCAGCCCGACAGUCUAAGCGAGGAGGAGGAGGUGGACUGCCUGGUGCUGCAGCUGCACCGGGUCGGGGAGCAGCUGGAGAGGAUGAACGGGCAGCGCAUGGAGGAGCUCUUCAUCCUGCUCCGAGAUGGGUUUCUGCUCCCUGCUGGCCUCAGCUCCCUAGCCCAGCUGCUGCUGCUGGAGAUCAUUGAGUUCCGGGCCGCCGGCUGGACGACGAGCCCUGCAGCCCACAAGUACUACUACAGUGAGCUCCCGGACUAGUGCCCCCCGCCUCCCCUCUGCACUAACCAGGCUGGACGACGGGCCCUGCAGCCCACAAGUGCUAUUACAGUGAGCUCCCGGACUAGUGCCCACAGCCUGCCCUCCACCGCUCCCCAGGCCAGCCACACAGCCCAUGCCUCCACCCCAUCUGCACAGGGAGUGAUCCCGCCUUGAGGCCCCACCUCCCCACACCUGCUCUGCUGGUUUAGGGCUGAACCCCUCUCCACCACUACCAACCACUACACUGUGUAAGGCAGGCACAACAAGCCAUCUGGGUGCCUCAGUUUCCUCAUUUGUAAAAAAGGCAGCCUCAGCUAUUGGGCUGCUGAUGAGGGACUGUCACAGGGCAGCACAGGCAAUCACAGC